AGAUACAGCCCCGGUAUCGUUUUAAGACAACACGAAACUUGUGUUUCAUUUAUACGUCACGUCCGUGUGAAGGCGACCGAGCACAUAUUCCUGGUUGCGACUCCUCUUACCCCCCCGCGCCCCGGGCUGCGACGGCACGGGCGGCGUUUGAGUCGCCGCGCCCUUGGCCCACCGCAGAACAAAAGCGCCAGGCGCACACAACCCGGCCCACGCAUACCACGGCAUGUAACUAUGCCCGCUAACCCCCGCCGCCUCGCCCGCCGCAGCGAUCAACGGCGCCGCCUCGCCCGCAGCCGCCAUCAACGGCGCAACCUCCGACGCGGCGACGCCCGCGACCGUCUCGCCGCCGACGCCCACCAAAAACCACGCCGCCGCCAGCCUGGCGCACGCGACGACCCAAAAGAACGCGAAUGCAAAAGCCGCCACCCUCGCCGCGUUCACCGCGUACGACGUCACCGACCACGUGCGCCCGUCCUUGGACGUGACGAACACGCAGUCCCUGAGGGAUAGCACGAACGAACGCACCGCCGACGCCGUGCACGUCCCCGCCACCUCGGCUAUGAGGCUCCUCCCCUCGGGGGCGACGACGAUUUUGAAAAAUUGGGGCCCGAGGUCGGAGAAGAGCGCCGACGUGAACGCCGCCGCCGCGUGCGCCUGGGUCGUCGCCGGAUCCACCGAACUAAGGUCCGCGAGGUCGGUGUCGUCCGAUCCCGACGGCGACGACGCAUCGCGCGCGGACCCGUCUCCCGCGUCGGAUCGGCCGUUCUCCCCGUUGACUGCCACGGGCGACUCCUCCGUGGACAUGGCGUCAAACCCCGCGCCCGCGUCAAACGUCUGGAACACCGACUGGGCCCCGGGGGUGACCAGGCCGACGUGCGCGUGCGCUGCACCGACCGUGAACGACCCGUCGAUCCCUCCCGCCGCGGGUGACGCCGCCCCGACGUUGACCGAGUCCCUCGCGUACGCGGCUCUCGACUCGGACCGCCGCGCCGCCGCGCCCCGGGUCGCGUUCAGCGCCGACCCCGGGGAGAGAACCUCGACCAUCGUGCGGACCGUCUCGCCGGUGACGCGGCCGGCGAUGUCCUGCAUGGCCUCCCUGUUGCUCGCGCGCGUGGCGGCGGCGAAGAAAUCGUCGAAGACCGAGUUGGCGUCCUGCGUCUUGUCCAGGUACGUGCCCACCGCGGCGGAGACAAAGACGGAGCACAGGUCGAGCAGCACGCUCUUGCCCUCGGGGGACGCCGCCAUUCGAAGCAUCUUGUCCAGCACGUCGUUCACCGUGGAUGACUCGCCGCCGCUGCUAGCGGGGGCAUCGGCGCCGCCCCCCCCGGCGCCGUACUGUUCCCUGAAGGCGUCGAUGACCGCCUCCAGUGCUUGCCGCGUGGCCCCGGACACGAUGACGGAGGCCAGCCCCCAGUUCCGGGGAUCCAGCACCCUGUCGAGCACCGCGUCCAGCGAGCUCGUCGCGGGGCCGUCGCCGCCGUCCUCGUCGCCGCCUUCACGGCGACCGCCGUCGACGCCGCCGCCGCUCGUCGCCGCCGCCACCCCCCUGGCCACGCCCGAGGUGACCCUCGCGGCGCAUUCCUCGAGCUCCGGCGUGUUGAGCACCCUGAGCGCCUGUCUCAGCGAUGGGGGCACGGGCGCGUCGGCGUCGGAGUGCAGGAAAUCCUUGACGUCGACGGCGAGCUUGGCGACCGUCUCUCCCGCGGCCAUCGCGGCGGUCGUGUAG